AGAUGACAAUUUGUCGGGCACAAGCGGGAUGGAGGUGGACGACCGCGUGUCGGCGCUGGAGCAGCGGCUGCAACUGCAGGAAGACGAGCUGGCUGUCUUAAAGGCGGCGCUGGCUGACGCGCUGCGUCGCCUGCGGGCAUGCGAAGAGCAAGGUGCUGCGCUGCGAGCGCGGAGCACCCCCAAGGGCCGCGCGCCUCCGCGCCUAGGCACCACAGCCUCAGUGUGUCAGCUCUUGAAAGGCCUUCCCACCAGGACGCCCCUCAAUGGCGCGGGACCCCCACGGCGCGUGGGCGGCUAUGCCACUUCCCCAUCCUCCCCCAAAAAGGAGGCGACCUCCGGGCGCAGUGCCCGCCGCUACUUGUCACCAGAGCGCCUCGCCUCAGUGCGCCGCGAGGACCCCCGCAGCCGCACCACAUCCUCUAGCAGCAAUUGUAGCGCCAAAAAGGAAGGCAAAACCAAAGAAGUUAUCUUCAGCCUGGAGGAGGGCACGGUGAAAAUGUUUCUGAGGGGCCGCCCUGUGCCCAUGCUGAUCCCAGACGAGCUGGCGCCUACCUACAGCCUGGAUACACGCUCCGAGCUGCCUUCCUGCCGUCUCAAGCUGGACUGGGUCUAUGGCUACCGUGGCCGAGACUGCCGCGCCAACCUUUACCUGCUGCCCACGGGGGAGAUAGUGUACUUCGUGGCCUCUGUGGCUGUGCUCUACAGCGUGGAGGAGCAGAGGCAGCGGCACUACCUGGGACACAAUGACGACAUCAAGUGCCUGGCUGUCCACCCUGACAUGGUCACCAUUGCCACUGGACAGGUGGCGGGCACCACCAAGGACGGGAAGCCACUGCCACCCCAUGUGCGCAUCUGGGACUCCGUUUCCCUCUCCACCUUACACGUGCUGGGCCUGGGGGUGUUUGACAGAGCUGUGUGCUGCGUGGGUUUUUCCAAAUCCAAUGGGGGCAACCUGCUCUGUGCAGUAGAUGAAUCCAACGACCACAUGCUGUCUGUGUGGGACUGGGCCAAGGAGACCAAGACGGUGGAUGCCAAGUGCUCCAACGAGGCUGUGCUGGUGGCCACCUUCCACCCCACAGACCCCUCCGUGCUCAUCACCUGUGGAAAGUCCCACAUCUACUUCUGGAGCCUGGAGGGGGGCAGCCUGAGCAAGCGGCAGGGCCUCUUUGAGAAACACGAGAAACCGAAGUACGUGCUGUGUGUGACCUUUUUGGAGGGUGGCGAUGUGGUCACCGGGGACUCUGGGGGGAACCUCUAUGUCUGGGGCAAAGGUGGGAACCGGAUCACUCAGGCGGUGCUAGGUGCCCAUGAUGGCGGCGUGUUUGGGCUCUGCGCCCUGCGGGACGGGACGCUGGUGUCCGGAGGGGGCCGCGAUCGGCGGGUGGUCGUCUGGGGUUCCGACUACAGCAAGCUGCAGGAGGUGGAGGUCCCGGAGGACUUCGGCCCCGUGCGCACGGUGGCGGAGGGCUGGGAAGACACACUCUAUGUGGGGACCACGCGCAACUCCAUCCUGCAGGGCUCUGUCCACACCGGGUUUUCGCUGCUUGUCCAGGGCCACGUGGAAGAGCUGUGGGGCCUGGCCACGCACCCCAGCCGGGCACAGUUUGUGACGUGCGGGCAGGAUAAGCUGGUGCAUCUGUGGAGUGCAGAGUCCCACCAGCCCCUGUGGAGUAGGAUCAUCGAGGACCCUGCCCGCUCUGCUGGCUUCCACCCCACUGGCUCUGUCCUGGCCGUCGGCACGGUGACUGGAAGAUGGCUGCUGCUGGACACGGAGACCCACGACCUGGUGGCCAUCCAUACAGAUGGGAAUGAACAGAUCUCAGUGGUCAGCUUCUCUCCAGACGGGGCGUACCUGGCCGUGGGCUCCCACGACAACUUGGUGUACGUGUACACGGUGGACCAGGGCGGCCGCAAGGUCAGCCGCCUGGGCAAGUGCUCGGGCCAUUCCAGUUUUAUCACCCACUUGGAUUGGGCUCAGGACAGCAGCUGCUUUGUCACCAACUCUGGGGACUACGAGAUUCUGUACUGGGACCCCACUACCUGUAAGCAGAUCACCACUGCAGAUGCUGUAAGGAACGUGGAAUGGGCCACAGCUACUUGCGUCCUGGGCUUUGGCGUGUUCGGGAUCUGGUCCGAGGGAGCGGAUGGUACCGAUAUCAACGCCGUGGCCCGCUCGCACGAUGGAAAGUUGCUGGCUUCAGCUGAUGACUUUGGCAAAGUCCACCUGUUUAGCUACCCCUGCUGUCAGCCUCGAGCCCUCAGCCACAAAUACGGCGGACACAGCAGCCACGUGACCAAUGUGGCUUUCCUGUGGGAUGACAGCAUGGCUCUGACCACAGGGGGCAAGGACACCAGCGUGCUACAGUGGCGGGUGGUCUGAACCAGGGGAGGGGGGUAUCCCCAGGCACAUGGGGCUCAAGUAGAGUCAGGCGGCAGGGCUGGAAUUCUAUUUUCGGGAGAUGUCUAUUGCCGAGUAGAGUAAUAUAUACCCAGAGUAUGUCUAUAGCAAAGAGGGUUAUGGGGGUGGAGGGUGGACUGACAGACAGAAGUCUCUAUUUAUCGGGGUGGGAAGAGGGGUCACAUUGCUUUAGGGGAGCCACUAGGGUGUUUGGUUUGGGUUUUUAAGUUUAUUAUUUUAUAUCAUCCAGAAAUAAAAACACAUGUGCUGAGGUGGAGUAUCCA